UCAGUACCUCCGCCGGAUACUCGCGUCGAUAGCCGCCAGGAGAAUCCACCGUUUCAAUCAAAUAGAGAGAGAGAGAGAGAGAGAGAGAGAGAGAGAGAGAGAGAGAGAGAGAGAGAGGGUUUCGUUGUUUGGAUGGUGGAAAUGAGGAAUCCUGAGUCUGAUUCAGCGGCGGCGAAGUGCCGAGACGAGCUGCCGGUGAAGCUGGAGGAUGGUUUAGAAGAAGAGCACGGUCCUCUCAACAAGCGAUCUAGGUUAUGGAGCUCAUCCACAGUGGUGGCACCGGCCAAGUAUAACCCGCUUGAUGAGCCGAGCCCUCUUGGACUUACCCUUAGAAAGAGUCCAUCUUUGCUUGAUUUGAUACAGAUGAGGCUCACGCAGAGUGGUGAUGACCCAAAAGCCCAAGGCUCUGGUUGUGUUAAAUGUAUUACUGCUGGAUCGAAUAGUAUUGAGAAGCUUAAAGCUUCCAACUUCCCCGCCACACUUUUGAAGAUCGGGCAAUGGGAGUAUAAAUCGAGGUAUGAAGGUGAUUUGGUGGCGAAGUGUUACUUUGCAAAACAUAAACUUGUUUGGGAAGUGUUGGAACGAGGUCUUAAGAGUAAAAUAGAGAUCCAAUGGUCAGAUAUUAUGGGGUUGAAGGCAAACUGUCCUGAAAAAGGACCUGGGACGUUGACUCUCUUGCUUUCUAGGCAGCCUUUGUUUUUCCGGGAAACAAACCCACAGCCUAGGAAACAUACUUUGUGGCAGGCAACAUCAGAUUUUACUGAUGGCCAAGCCAGUAUGCACAGGCGGCAUUUUCUGCAAUGUGCUGAAGGGGUAAUGAACAAACAUUUGGAAAAGCUUGUUCAGUGUGAUCAUCGCCUUUUGUAUUUAAGCCAUGAGCCAGAGAUAAUCAUGGACUCUCCCUACUUUGAGGAUCCGAACGAAUCAAAGGGAAAUCCUUUUGAGAAUUUUAAUCUUAGCACAGGUCCUUCUGUAUCCGGGACUCAGAAUUUAGCAGCAUCCCCUGUUGGAGCUCAGUCAUCCUCUGAACAUAUGUAUCUGUCUCAUGAAGCACCAUCUCCCAGCUCAGUGAUAGAUGCUCGUGCAAAUGAAGCAGUCAAUUCAAGAAACACAACGGGUUGUGGUCAGAUGGGACUACGACAAUCUAUGUCUCUGAGUGAUUUCCUUGCAGUUCUCUGUGAUUCUUCUAGUCAGGUUGAAGAAGAAGUAGCUGGACUACACCAAUCUGUGUCAGUUAGUGACUUCCUUGCACUGUUAUCUGAUUCAGGAAACAUACCUGGACUACAACAAUCCAUGUCAGUAAACGAUUUCGUUGGACUUCUCUCUGAUUCUGCUGCUGGUGGGAAUGAUCCGGAACAUGUGGAGAAAUUCGAGAGCAUGAAACAGCAAUUGCUAAGUGAUAAUAAUAUCCAGUUCGAUGCACCACCACCAGAUGAGAAGUCUCUCAUGCCAAGGGUUGAUUCUUUAUUCAACCUCAUGUACAACAAGGAUCUCAACGCAGCUGCAGCAAACUCACAGCUCGAUGUGGAGAACUCGGGUGGAUUGAAGAAUGAACUCAGUGAUCAGAAGGGGAUAGUUCCGGACAAUAACAACAACGACAAGAGAGUUCUUGAUCCAGCUUCCAGCAGUAGCAGCAGCAGACCACAGGGCAUGUUGAGGAAAGACUCGUUCAGCGAUUUGCUCUUACACCUCCCCAGGAUCGCAUCCUUGCCAAAGUUCUUGUCCAACAUUUCAGAAGAAGAUGGUGAUGCAUAUAAUAGAUGAUUGGUGUAAGAUUAUUCCUUUCUUUUUCAUUAUUUGGCAAGUACAGGAACCUGAAGUAAAGCCGCUUUUCUGUUUUUCUUGCAAGUCAAAUUUGUCUCUUGGUCACUAAUCCCCACAGAGAUAUGAAGAAACUUGUUUUGAAUAAUGAAUUUAUGUAGACAUUCCAUUAUUAUUAUUUUUUUGAUCAAAAUAGUCAUUCCAUUA